AGCAGGCGUACCUACACGCUUUUUUUGUUGUAGAGCGGGCAGGGAGGUGGAAGCAGCUGCAGGCGCAGCAGCGGUGGUGUAGUAAUCACGACAGGUGGUAGUAGCUGUAAGCAGGAGGGUCGGUGCCAGGUCGACGGCAUUCCAGUACUUUGAAAGCACUCAAUAGCACCGCGGUGCAACGUCGCUCCUGUAGCUGUCAAUAGAAGCAUUGAAUCAGCUGCUACAUCAAUGGCAACCUCGGCAGCCUCCUCCACCGGGCCGCCGGCGCUCGCGAACAGCGCCUGGAGCAAAGCGCGAAACCGGUUGGGGCUGCAGCAGAUGCACAUCCCCACCACGACGGGGACCACCGGCAGCGGGGCUCCCGCCGCAGCCUUCCCCUCAAGCUCCUCUACUACCUCGUCAAGCAACCCGGCCGCUACCCGUCAUCCGCUCACGUCGUCGAAGAACCGGAACUUGACGACAACGGGGGCCCACAUCGACAAGGCUGGCGGAAGUUCGUGGGACGAUUUUUUGUACGAGCGGACGCUGGUGUGUUUGAACCAGGAGAUCUGUUCGAUCGCGAUCUCACCCUGCCACGAGUUCUUCGUGGUGGGCAACGGGAGCGGUGACGUCAAGGUGUACGAUUUCGAGUCCUACGCAGAAACGCACACUGUGAAAACGAACAACAGCAGUUUCUUCCCCCCGAAACAGCUCACCUUCACCACGAAACCAGGGACCGGCGCGAACAAAACGCCAGUCUCGGAAUUUCUCAUCGUGCUCUCGGGCGACGGGAUUCGAGUGUUCUCCGUGAAAGAGGAUUUCGGCUUCGUCAAGUGGAUCGUGCCGCCCUUGACUAAAAUGCUCGACAGCGACCUUGCGCAGCAAAAACAGGAGGAAGACAAGUUGCAGAUGGUGAAUCUUCUGAAACUAUCACGUGCAUAUAAAAAGUGUCGCUGCGUCUGGUCAAGUGCGGACGUUUGUCAACAUGCAAAGGCGCGCGAAGUGUCUCACGCAUGGCACAGCUUUUAUGUAUGUUCCCGUGUGGUGCACGUUCUCGUGGCGACCUCCUUUGCAUGGCUGCAAUAAUAUUAACAGAGCGAUGGGCGCACGUUGGCUCUUCUUGGUGAACGUUUCGCAAAUGAAUCUAAUGAAGUCGCAAUCGUUCAUGUUGUGUAAAAGAAGAAGAACCCACUUCAUCUCCUGAGUCCGCGGAGGGUAGUACUAGCUGCUCCAUGUCAUCACUCUAUCGUUCGAGCAGCUCAUGCAUGGUAAAUGCAGCUUUGCAUCUCCUAGGUUCAUCUCACAUCAAGGCCAACACAUCGACAUUUUUGCAAGCGAUAGAAGCAAAAUCGCCCUCAAACCGGCGGCUUCGAGGCGACGUCGCGCCGCCACGUGCUCAACGCGCAAAACGGAAGACCCAGUAGCAAAGAAGCGAAUGCCGAUGGUAUUGGUCGGGCAAAGUUCUUGCUCUUUUCUAUUUUUUGUUAUUUCAUCCUGGCACCUCGAAGAAAAGAUGAAGUUGAAGAUGUGGGGCACAACUUGUGUGCUCCUCUCGUACUACUGUGUCCGGGCUAUCUGAGAUUCUUUUUCGUAACACGACAGUUGAUUUAUCGGAACGCAGUCGCUGGCAGUGCGUAGCUUUUCAUCGAGGCAGCGCAGCGGCGACAAACGCGCCUGGUACCAGUGGCACCCGAGGAACAAACGUCGCUGCCGCGCCGCACAAUACGGAUUGCAUUGUGGCGUGUGCCGACAUGGCGCUGGUGGUGUACAGCACGAAGGACUGGGGCGGGGCCAAGUGCACCCCGAAAAUUUUGCGGUCCGUGAUGUCCUGGGGGGCGCCCACCGCGUGCGCCUACUCGCCUUCGGGGAACCGGGUCCUGGUGGGGCACGCGAGCGGGAGUAUCAGCAUCUGGCACGCGCAGACGUUCGCGAUGGAAAAGAUGCUCUCCGGCCACCACGGGGCCAUCACGGCGUUUGAGUUUUACACGGACUUGAUUCUGGAGGAGCUGGAGGUGUCCGACCCCGAGGAGGAUCAUCAGCAUUCUUCUGGCUUCGCAUCCCGGUCGAACACGGAGUCGGAAGCCGAAAGCAACCCAAACUCCCGGUCGCCGUCCAAGCAGGGCAGACGUAGCCGGCUGGCGAGCCGAGCGGGAGCGGUGGACUUGGGGGACGGGGCCUCGUCCGCAGGUGCGCUCGUGAAGUCCAACGGCCUCGCGUCGACCAGGGGUGGCGGCAACCAGCCGAUCGACAAGAUCUCGGCGUCGCGAAACGGUACUAGAGGCGGUUCACUUAUGCAAAACGGGAGCAACGGUACCCACCCGAGGUGGCAUCGGCGGCCGAGGGUGGUGCUGGUCAGUACCAGUAAGGACAACAGUUUGCGGCUCUGGGCGGACUUCACACAGGAAGACCCGAGUGGAUGGCAGCUGCUCAGCAAGAUCGCGCUCGAGCCCGGCGUGCACAGCCCCAAAUUGAGCCGGGACUGCCUCUGGUGUCUCUGCGUGAGCCCACGGCUGCUCAUUUGGAAAGUGACUACGUUGCGGCAAGCGGUCUUCCGCCACAAUCACAACAGUGGCACGACGACCUCCUCUAUCAAAUGUAAAAAUGUCUGGGUCUGGAAGAAUGCAACUUGUGAUGCUGAAUUUGGAUUCCAAAAAAAUCUGUAUUGCAUGAGCAGCAAAGGGGGUGCUAUUUUUGCUACGCGGAGAGGGCAUUUGUCAUGCGGAAAAGGCAUCGCGAAGCCCCCAAAAAAUCUGUGAUGCUAAGGCAUGCAUCACAGACAUCAUGGGUCAGGGAAAAUAUGCAUGACAAGUCUCAGAAUCUUCCAGACCCAGACAUUUUUACAUUUGAUAUCCUCCCAGCAGCAUUCUGCCGGGAGUGCGAUCGCGAACGCGGUGACGGCGGUCCUGGGGCCGGCUUAUGCGUCCAACAACAGCAGUCCGCUGAAGACGCGCGCGAACCGGGGCUUGCAACCGCAUGCGGCAAGUGCUGGCUCUUUGGACCACCAGAACCUCAACCCGCAGGCAGCCGCGACAAAGCAUUGGCAGCAGACGUGGGAGCACAACGUGAUCUUCGAGCCGUUCCAGAGGCUAAAGGCCACCGGAAUGGACGCCGUCAACGUCGCGGCCUUCUCGCCAGACGAGAACGGCUGCCGGGUCAUCGUGGGGUCCAACGACGGUGUGCUCGGGGUGUUCGUCCGGAAGAGGCAGCUGCUGCUCGAGUAUGCGCGCGACUACGAGUGCGAGUCCUACCAGAUCAAGCGCCAACUGCAGGAGGUGGUGCGGUGCCUCAUCCAGGAAUCCGAGUCGGCGCAGAAGACCGAUUUCGAUUUCGAAAGCAAGAAAAUUCUCAGCGGCGAAUCCUCCCUCUACACAGACACUGCGCCGAAGUUUGCGUCUUCAGUUGUUACACCUUCUGCCGCCGGUGCCGGUGCCGAUGUCGAGCAAGGGGGAAGAAAGGGCGGCGCAGGGAACAGAAACACGACUACGAAUUCGAAUGGUGCCGUUGUCAGCAAAGCCAGCUCGCCCUCAAAGACGGGCCAGGACGCAGAGCAGCAGGCGCGCGAGUUCCUGUCCAAUCAGCCGCGCUGGAAGGACACGCACAACGCGAUUCUCACGGCAAGCUCUUGUCUGCAGCUGAUCGACGACAUCUACACGGAGCUGCAGAAGAAAGACGAGGAGCGCAAGCGGGAGCAGCUUGAGCUGGAGAAGAAGCGAAAGAAGAAGCAAGAGGCGGAGGCCAACAACACGCCUUUUGGCGAACGGCUGCGCAAUGCCAACGACCUGGCCAACGCGCUGAGCGGCAGCCCGCGCACGCUGUUCAAAAACGUGGUGGUCACACAGAAAUGCAGAGCCGCUAUGGAGAGCCAGACCGCAAACGCGGGACAACAUCAAGGUGCGGCGACCGCCGGGAACGUGCCGGCCGGAGCAGCUGAAUUUGCAUCCUCAGGGGAGCACGACCCCCACGGCGGGAUGGGUGCAACUUCGGCGCCCACGUACAGUUCGCGCCCGGGGUCGAAAACGGGUAAAAUCCCGGACUUCAUCCUAGACCACGAGUUCGCGAAGCAAUGUAAAUUCGGGAUGGAGAAGAUGAAGGAGGUGGGAUUACCGUUUCUCCGCCAGCUGAUCAAAGAGGCCGGGUGGACGGACUUGGACGCCGCGUCGGGCGGUCGCGGGAGUGGCGCCAACUCGGACACCCAGCCGCAGUACAUGUGGCACCCCGGAGGCUCCAAGCUGGUCGAGAGCAAUCAGUACGACCACAAAACCUCCUCCUUCUCCGGGUCGUCCUCAAGACCAACCGCGACACCCAGCGGAGCGGUAAAUCAGUUUCAGCAGUCCUACCGCGUACUGCCGCCCUCCUCGUCCGACCCGUGGUUUGGCAUUCCGGAUACGAUCAAGAAAGAGGUCGAGGGCCGCGAUCUGUUCCGUGAUUUCUUCGUCAAGGCACUGCUGCUGUACGAGCGCGGCUUGCUCCAGAAAGAAGACAACGAGGAGGAGCAGGACACCUACUACUACGGGCGGCAGUUCCCGAACCGCAUGCGCUUGAUCUCAGACACGUGCUCUGGCGUGCUCGACAGUGGAGUGCCGCUGGUCGCCACGGUUGCGGUCGUGAGUUCACCGCACAAAAAGCACGCCGCGAUGGGCGGUGACCCCGAGGUAGGUGGAACUAACGCGCCCGAAGGAGAGAGCGAUCCCGCCCGGGCGGUCGAUCCGCUGCAGAAACUCGUUGAGCGCAUGACGAGUUCGAGGAAGAAGAGCAACUACGGAGUGUCAAGUGUAUCUUCGACGCCGACCGCCUUUCAACAGCAGCAGACCACGACCGGGACACCGGCCGCGCCACGGGGCGGGCCUGCGCACCCGCAUCCGUUCCUGCGCACUAAUUCCGGCACCCCCUUUUCCGGAACGAUGGGCGGAACAAGAGGGGCGACGCGUAGUGUGGUCGGUGCUACCAGCACACCAUUUGUGACGCCUCUUUCCGCAGCAAGCAGCGCGGAGAAAAUGUUUCACGCGUCCCCGGGAAGGAGUGUGGCGAAGAAACAUCAUGAUGAACAAGGUGGAGUCGAAGAUGCUCUUGAUAGCGAGGUGCGUUUCCACUCUCCGCAGAAGUCGAACCGCAACAAAUUUGGCCCGACGCACGACACGACGUCUUCACAGGGAAAUAGUUUUGCGUCUGCCGCGGCAAAUACAGCGGACUUCGAGCAAGAUCCUGUGUCUCGAAACAUGUUCGAAACGCCGCAGCGUCAAAUCAUCGGGCACAGCAGUCGUCCUGGUUCCGGUUACUGGAGCGAUCACAUGACGCACAGUGGCAGCAAAUCCGGAACAUCAAGCACCGCGAUCAUGGGAGGUACAGGAACCGGGACCGCCACAACCACGCCCGCCGCUUCGACGAAUCGUCACGUCGCCACGUCCUCGGUAGCGCGCGCGACAGGUGCGGCUGUAGUGUUGGGAGGCUCGGCGGCUCGAUCGUCUUCGCAUUUCGCAACUCCAACGACGAAUCCGGGCGGCGGAAGCAACUUCAACAGUGGUAGCAUGACGAGCAACACCACAGCACACGAUUUCUCGAGUUCCUCUGCCGGUGGUGCGGCGACGCAGGACACCGCAGACUCGCGGCCCGUCAGCGUGCUUCGCGCAUUGGAACUGCGACAACAGAUCAGCCGGAGUGCCAGCAAGGCUAGUGCGGGCGGUACUUCUUCUGGAGCGUACGACGGGGGAGGUACAACGGCCACGAGUUCAGGAACGGUGUCGCUGUCGGACUACAGCGACGUCGAAGGCAGCAUCAAUGGUGUGGGUGGCAUGGCGACGCACGCACACCUCCGCAAGGGUUCCACGAUGAGCAACACUACAGUCGGGGGCGCGACGAGUGGGUCCUCGUCGAGUGUUCUGUCCCGAACCAGUUCCGGCGGGAUUGCAAUGCUACAGCGAAGCCGGUCGGUUUCUAGCUUCUCUAAUGCCAGUUCGGGAUUUGUUCCGCCCACGGCAGGAGGGACGAUGAACGCCGGUGCAAAUACCCGAACGAUCGGUCACGUGACAGCGUCCGCAUCGAGGACGAAGCUGAUUGCAGUAUCGGAUCAUGGGGGGUCCUUCUGAGCUAUUUGAUAGCGCAAGCAGUACGACGCGUCUUCAAAAUAUAAUGUAGAUUUUUGUCACACGCACGUGCGUGGCAUCAUUCGAUUCUCAUUCAAAGCCGCUCAAUUACUGUCUAAAUAAACUGCUCGUUUUCUUGUAGCAAGCGGAGCUUUUCUUGUAAAAUUGAAACGCGGACAUUGAUUCUGUUUUGUGAGAAGCUGCUGACCAACAGCAACAUGUACAAUGCGAGUUCUCGCAGCUAGGAAGGUCUCCCUCUCAGCUGCUGAGUUUAAUUUUUGGACGAUUGGAAUGAACUUGACAUCCACUUGAGGUAGGAAAUUUUUCAAAAUCGGAGCUAAACUAAAUUCCUCCAGCCCCGCAACAAAAAUGCUAUGCAGAUGAGGGGCCGCGGCAUCGUGAUCGUUCUCACAAAGCCUGCGAGAAGUGU